AUGCUUUCUUUCCUAGAGGAACUACUUAAUAGAAUUUAUCAUCCAAAUAUUAACAGUAAUGGCAGCAUUUGUCUCGAUAUUCUAAGAUCACAGUGGUCGCCUGCUUUAACAAUUUCUAAAGUUCUUUUAUCCAUUUGUUCACUUCUAUGUGAUCCAAACCCAGAUGACCCCCUAGUGCCAGAGAUUGCACGGAUCUAUAAAACAGACAGAGAUAAGUACAACAGAAUAUCUCGGGAAUGGACUCAGAAGUAUGCCAUGUGAUGCUACCUUAAAGUCAGAAUAACCUGCAUUAUAGCUGGAAUAAACUUUAAAUUACUGUUCAAAAAAAAAAA